AGUUGCGUCUUUCUUCUACACUUUACGGUAUUCUUGUUGUCAUCACUUCCGUAAAGCGAGAGCUCGCGUUGUUUAUGUCCUCUGAUGGCACCAAGUAACUGUUGCUAGCUUAAAAGCUGGCUUGAUAAAAAUGACAAACAGAUUAAAUGGAAGGAGAGGUGGUCUGUGAGCGCUUAGCGGGCCUAACAUCGCUCUUUACCUGCAAGCAGGAGACCUGAAUCCAGGCGCUUCUUCCUCUCUUUUUUCUUUUUUGUAAAGUUUAGCCCCGUUUUUUCAGGGAUUCCGUUCAUUAUGUUGAACGGCGUGGCUCUGCGCUCCCAGAUCGCCUCCGUGAUCGAUGCUCUGGCCAAAGCAGCCGUGGCGGAGAUCUCCAAAGUGGUGGAGGACGGGAUGGUGGUGCUGCGGCUGGAGAUGUGUCAGCGGGAGGAUGAGAUCGAGAGGCUGAAGAGCAGCAUGGAGGUCCUGCAUGGAGAGCUGAGGGCGGCGCGGCAGGCGGAGAGCCGGCGGCCCCCGGAGCUCCGCGGAGCAGACGAAAGUCAUCAGGGUGUUGGAAAUGAGCAGAUCUUGGCUGAAAAGGCUUCCUCUGAUGAAAAGCACAGCCUGCCAUCCGUACCUGAAGUACAGGUGAAAUGUGAACCCGUGGAGCAGAGAAGUGAGGACAGCAGAGCGCCGCUGGAAGGGUCUCUGUACGGAGGAGGCCAGUGGAGAUCAGGGACACAGAAGGAGGCCGGAGGCAGCAGCUCUGACUACCUAAGUUUAGGUCAGAACUCCUUCUCCUGUCUCUCUGAGCCGCCUUUGGACGGCGGCCUGGUCUUGUCCUGCGGCACGUCGGGCGGGUUUCCUCAGAGCCCGUUCAGCCGAGGGCUUAUGGGUUACAACCAGUACAGGAACACGGUUCGGAGACGAACGGUGAAGAGGCUGAUGUUCAAGAAAGGCUUCAUCUGUCCGUACUGCGGCAAGUGCUUCGAACGCGCCGGGCACCUCGAGAGACACAAGAGGAUUCACACCGGCGAGAAACCGUACCGCUGCGAGAUCUGUGGACGGCGGUUCAAUCAGAAGUGCAGCCUUAAGGAGCACAUGAAGAUUCACAGAAGAAGUCUUCAGACCAGACCAGAAGAAGUCCCAAUAAGCCAACAAUUCCCAGUACCGCAGGUGAAUCAGUGUGUGGAAGGGCCCCGCCCUGAAGAGGCUAGUCAAGCAAAGGUGGAAGACAACCAAACCAAGACCGAGGAGGUUCCCCCAACAUCCGUCCAGGUGAAAUCUGAGCCAGUUGAGGAAAACAUAACACAACCACAGCUACAUGUGGAAAACAACGAGACCAACAACAGAGUAGAAAACAUGGGAGAAAAUCUACCACCAGUGGAUCAAGGCAUCACACCCUGGGGGUCCAGGUUACAGAACAAUUCAGAACUGAGCAAAGCAGAAUUUCUGAACAGUCCGUCACAGAACAUGUCUUCCUUCCCUGCCAUUGCUCAGUUACUCCAGCCAUCAGAAGAACCUUCCUAUAGUAACUUCUCUGUCCGAGGGAAACUGUAUGGGCAGCUGAAAAACUGCACAGUCCCACAGACGCCUUAUGGACCUUCGGGUGCUGUUCUCAUACCCGGUAACCCAGGCUUUCAUGGUAUGACAGACGUCUCCAACCACCACAGACAGAGGAAAAACAGAUCGUAUCGCGUUCUGAAGCCAAAGAAAUGCUUUGUUUGCUCCUACUGCGGGAAGAUCUUUGAGCGAGCCGGACACCUGGAAAGACACCUGCGAAUUCACACCGGGGAGAAGCCGUACGGCUGCCAAAUCUGCGGAAGGUGCUUCAAUCAGAAGAGCAGCCUCAAAGGUCACAUGAAGACUCACAGAAACGGGGAGACGACAGACAUGCUGGAGGCCCACCACGUGAUGUUCACAGUGCCCGAUAAUCAACUGAUGGAGAACUAUGGAGAAACUAGUAACGGACCAACAGCUGCAGAGGAACAGUUCCCCGGCCCUGCGUUCACUCACUCUAUAAAAGAGGAACCCAUGACGGCGAACCAGCAGCCCAGCCAGGAAAAUUUCCUCUCAUCUUCUCAGAUAGGGACCGACAAUAGAGCCGGAGCUGCGGACAAACCGUUAUUUUGGACUUCUGCUACGGAGGAAAAUAUUGAAAGCCCUGAUGAGCCCAUCUGUGUGCUGUUACAAGAUGUGAAGUAUCACCACGGUUCCCCAGGAGGGGGAGCCAGUGAGCAGCAGGGAUUCACCUCACAGAUGAAGGAUCUGGCUUUUAUUGACAACAAAGCAAAGAAGGAUCCGUAUUUAGCUGUGGGGUUACAGCAAAGAACCUCAAAUCUCAGUCAUGAGCUGGCUGCAGGGGAUUUCUGCUCUGAGAGCGACGCCAUGAACCAGGAGGGCGUCUAUGAGUUUAACCGGAGGGCUUCAGACAGCUAUGAGGACGGCUGCAGCGGAGACCCCAGCAGACAGAACUACAUCUGCUCCAGUUGUGGGCAAAGCUUCGAUAGCUUCCAUAUUUUCCAGGAGCACCAGUGUGAAAAAGUUUCAGAGCAGCCUUUGAGCUGUGAGAUGUGUGGGAAAACUUUCAGCCAGCUUAGCAUCCUGAAGCUGCACUUAAAACUACAUGCAAAAUAAACCCAUCAACUGUUCAUAUAUUUUUCAUUGUAUGAAACCAAACUGGUUCCUUCAAUAAAAACACUAAUGAAGAAAAUUAAAAACAUAAACUUUUAUAUUUCUGAA